CCUGCACUGGAGACACUGACCAGUGCGGGCGGUCGCAGCCUCGACUCGCGGAGCCGCUACUGCAGAAAAUGUCCAUAGAGGAUCGUAUUACACUGCGCUCCAUCUUUAAACCACUUUCUGUGCCGUUAGCUGCAGCGGGACACAACAGUACAGGAUACGUGCCGAGAAACGUUAGGAAAUAGGCAACGCCUUGUUGCAGAAGAAAAUCAAACAAACAUUCUCGAAUGGGCAGCUGUGAAGAUUCAACAUGAUUGAGUCAAUAGAUACCCAGCGUGCCUUGCAGGCGGUGGAGCGUCUGCAGGCCAAGCUGAAGGAGAGGGGGGACGUGCCCACCGAGGAGAAGCUGAGCCUGCUGAGGUCGGUGCUGCAGAGCCCCCUCUUCCACCAGAUUCUCAGCCUGCAGAGGUCCGUCCAGCAGCUCAAAGAUCAGGGGAACGCGGUGGUGCACAGCGAGCCGUGCCCCCCGCCCGCGAGCGAGCCCUAUGCCCUGGCUCUCCCGAACGGCGGCCGCACGGCCCACCCGGACCCCCCGGCCACCGCCGCCGCCACCGCCGCCCAGAUCAACGGCGGGCCGCCGCCCGAAGACUUGGAGCACGUCGUCCGAUCCAUGGCUCAGGGGCGCUACGUGACGCGCGUGGAGCUGUUGAAGCCCGUCUCCGGGGACCUGGGCUUCAGUGUCGUCGGGCUGCGGAGCGAGAACAGGGGCGAGCUGGGCGUCUUUGUGCAGGAGAUCCAGCCCGGGAGCGUCGCGCACUGCGACGGGAGGCUGCGGGAGGCCGAUCAGAUCCUGGCCAUCAACGGGCAGCCGCUGGACCAGACGGUGAGCCACCAGCAGGCGGUGAGCGCGCUGCAGAAGGCCGUGGAGAAGGUGCAGCUCACUGUGGCCCGAGGGCCCAUCCCUCAGCUGGCCAGUCCCGUGGUGUCCCGCACCCCGUCCGCCGCCAGCACCCUGUCAGCGCACUCCAACGUGGCUCACUGGCAGCAUGUAGAGACCAUCGAGCUGGUGAACGACGGAACGGGACUGGGGUUCGGCAUCGUGGGGGGGAAGUCCACGGGCGUCAUCGUCAAAACCAUCCUUCCCGGAGGGAUAGCUGAUCAGGAUGGACGACUGCACAGCGGGGACCACAUCCUAAAGAUCGGCGACACCGACCUCUAUGGGAUGGGUAGCGAGCAGGUGGCCCAGGUGCUGCGGCAGUGCGGCAACAGGGUCAAGCUGGUCAUCACCAGGGGAGGCCUUGACGACAGCACCUCUCAUCCUGUCGUGCUGCCCACUGUUGCCGAGCAGCAGGGCUAUGAAGAGGAAGACGCUGACACCUUCGAUGUAGAGCUCACUAAAAACGCACAGGGGUUGGGCAUCACCAUCGCUGGCUAUGUGGGAGACAGAAACUCAGAGCCCUCUGGUAUUUUUGUAAAGAGUAUUACUAAAGACAGUGCUGUUGAGCAAGAUGGUCGGAUCCACGUUGGUGACCAGAUCAUAGCUGUGGAUGGCACCAACAUCCAGGGCUACACCAACCAGCAGGCGGUGGAGGUCCUGAGGCACACGGGCCAGGUGGUGCACCUGAAGCUGGUGCGGAGGGGCUUCCGGCCUGACGAGCCCCCGCUGGCCCCCGCCGAGCCGAAACCCCCGCUGACCUCGCUGCAGAACCUCGCCGUGGACCGGCUGGACGCCACGCUCGAGAACGAGCUCUACCCGUCGCUCUGCGGAAACAGCAGCCUGAUCACCGCCGACGCCGACCGGCCGGACGUGAAGGAGGGACUCAAAUUAACUGCAGCUGAGGAGCAGGAGCUGAUGAGGAAGUGGCAGUCCAUUCUUGGCUCCAGCAAUGAAGUAAUAGUGGCGCAGGUGGAGAAGUUCAGCGAGAGCAGCGGGCUGGGCAUCAGCCUGGAGGCCAGCGGCGGGCACCACUACAUUCGCUCGGUCCUGCCCGAGGGGCCCGUGGGGCGCAGCGGGAAGCUCUUCAGCGGGGACGAGCUCCUGGAGGUGAAUGGGAUCUCCCUCAUUGGCGAGAGUCACAAGGAGGUGGUGAGCAUUCUGAAGGAGCUCCCCGUGGGCGUGUACAUGACAUGCUGUCGCCCCGCCCCCCGCCUGAAGAGUGACGCCGAUGUCCCCCAGCCCACCCUGGAGGAGGAGGAGGAGGCGCAGCCGGAGUCCGCCGAGAAGGGGGGCCAUGACGGAUUCGUCGUUUCCGCGGAAACGGACGACGCCGCGAAGGCCAACGCGACAGACGAGACGCUAGGGUCCACUCUGGCCAUGUGGGAGACGGAGAUUCAAGACAUCGAUCUGGAAAAGGGAGACUGCGGCCUGGGGUUCAGUAUUUUAGACUAUCAGGACCCCGUGGAUCCCGCCAAAACGGUGAUCGUCAUCCGCUCGCUGGUGCCCGACGGCGUGGCGGAGCUGGACGGCCGCCUCCUGCCCGGCGACCGGCUGAUGUUCGUCAACGACACGGACCUGGAGAACGCCAGCCUGGAGGACGCCGUGCAGGCGCUGAAAGGGGCGGCUAUGGGGACCGUCCGGAUCGGGACUGUGUUUUCUCUCUCCUCCUCUGCUUCUUUUAUUCACCCCCCCCCCCACUUCCUGUUUGCUCAGAUCGACUCCGUCGAAGCGGAGCUGACGGACGAGAGGACGUUUGAUCGGCGGUUCUCCGGAGAUGCGGACGACACCUUCCACGCGUCCCUGCUCGGUCUCCACGGCAGCGCCCACAGCGCCGAUCUGCGCUUCCAGAUGUCCGCGCUGGCGUCGACGCCGGAGGCAGCUCAGGAGGACCUGUUUGCGGAGGCCUCCUUCCCGGCGCCGCUGGCUGGAUUCGCUGACGAAGCUGAACCCUUUUCCCCGGAAGAGAAGCCCAUAGUUUUCUCCCGGCCCUGGGGUUCCGCGGCCCCUCCCCUGUCGCUCGGCGAAGCGCCGCUCCGGCACGGCUUCGAGCUGGCGGAGCCCGAGCAGCGCUCCGCGCCAGAGGUGGCGCCCCCCGGUGGUCAUGAUGAGGAGCGGGAGUCUGCAGAGACUGCCUUGGCCAUCGAGGCCUUCCCUGACAUUACGCUCCAUCUCAGGGGGGGUGACUCCCCAGGGACGAGCACAGAGGAGCUCUGCAUUAACCCACCAGUCCAUGAAGGCUUUGUGAAGGAAGAAGAGCUAUGCGCGGAAUCCAACCCCAUGGAGGGGGCAGAUAAACAACAGGCCGCCGCAGGAAGCACCUUUGAAAGGACAAUUACAGUUGUCAAGGGCAACUCCAGUCUCGGGAUGACCGUGAGCGCCAUAAAGGACGGCUCGGGGAUGCUGAUCCGCAGCAUCAUCCACGGCGGGUCCAUCAGCCGCGACGGCCGCCUGGGCGUGGGCGACUGCAUUUUGGCUGUCAACGGCGAGCCCACCACUCACCUGACCAACGCCCAGGCCCGGGCCAUGCUCAGGAGGCACUCUCUCGUUGGGCCAGACAUCAGAUCUUCUUGCGUGCCAGAGGACGAUCAGUGCCCCUAUUAUGUCAUCACAUACGUCCCGGCAGAAUAUCUGGAGGAGUACAGGCUCAGCACAGGAUGCCAGAAUGAGGACGUCUUCACCCCCGAUGCACCUCCGCCUCCAAGCGGAGAGAUCCCGGAGCUUCCGGAGCGGGAGGACGGAGAGGGGGAGGAGAGCGAGCUCCAGAGCGCCGCCUACAACAACUGGAACCUGCCCAGGAAAGUGGAACUGUACAGGGAGCCAGGGAAGUCCCUGGGCAUCAGCAUCGUCGGGGGGCGUGGCAUGGGCAGCCGCCUUAGCAACGGAGAGGUAAUGAGGGGCAUCUUCAUCAAGCACAUCCUGGAGGACAGCCCUGCCGGUCACAACGGAACUCUGAAGACCGGGGACAGGAUCGUGGAGGUUGACGGGGCGGACCUGCGGGACGCGAGCCACGAGCAGGCGGUGGAGGCAAUCCGACGGGCAGGAAACCCCGUGGUCUUCCUGGUGCAGAGCCUCGCCCACAGGACCCGGCCCGACUCCGUUCGUAGCCCCACCCCUACCCCCGUCAUUGAGAAAUAUGUCACCGCAUUAAAGUCCUUUCCGCACCAGCCACGCAAGUCAUCAACUGCCGACGCCAUCGAAGAAAAGGAGACCCUGAAAACCACGCACAGCAGUGCCAAGGGGGCUGAGAGUCACAGUAGACUUUUCCUCCGCCUCUCCCCAACUAACCCCUUUACUCCUACUCCGUUUAAGCCUCCGGCGCCCAGGGACGCGGGGAAGCUUCCGGGGUCGUUCCCCGCCCCGCUCGCCCUGCCCGUGGUCCCUCUCGUGGGGGAGACGGACACGGACACGCUGACGGAGAUCCCGGACAGGCCGGCGCCCCCGACCGACCCGCUGGGGGAGGAGGACGAGUUCGGCUACAGCUGGAAGAAGGUGAUCCAGCGCUACGGCAGCCUGCCGGGGGAGCUGCACAUGAUCGAGCUGGAGAAGGGCCGCGCCGGCCUGGGCCUCAGCCUGGCGGGGAACAAGGACCGCUCCCGCAUGAGCGUCUUCGUGGUGGGCAUCGACCCCCGCGGGGCUGCCGGGGCCGACGGCCGCAUCCUGGUGGGGGACGAGCUCCUGGAGAUAAACGGGCAGAUCCUGUACGGCCGCAGCCACCAGAACGCCUCGUCCAUCAUCAAAAGCGCCCCCUCCAAGGUGAAGAUCAUCUUCAUCAGGAACACGGAGGCGCUGGACCAGAUGGCCGUGGGGCCUGUGAAGGAGUACGGAGACGCGCUGGAUUCACAGACAGAGGACAUGUGUGCUGCGGUUUCGCCUUCAGCGAUCGACGUGGACAUGUUCCGAUACGUGCAGCACGUAACGCUGUCCAAGGACCAGGGUGGGCUGGGCAUCGCCAUCAGCGAGGAGGACACCAAGACCGGGGUGCUGAUCAAGAGCCUGACCGAACACGGAGCAGCGGGGAAGGAUGGCAGAAUUAAAGUUGGAGAUAAAAUUCUGGCUGUGGACGAUGACCUGGUCAUAGGACACCCUGUGGAGAAGGUGAUUAAUCUGCUGAAGAAGUCCAAGAGCACGGUGAAGCUGACCGUCUGCACGGACGAGUCCCUGCCCUCCUCCUCCUCCUCGUCCUCCUCCUCCUCCUGCGAUCCCGCCAGGAGAACUUCCGACGGACGGAUAACCGGCAUCCCCAGUGUCCCUCUCGUUUCCGUGGGAACCCCAGAUGCGGAGCCAGUUCGGAGUUCCAGCAGGUCGUCCACCCCUGGCACUCUGACCUCCGACCCGGUGACCUGUCCCAUCAUCCCCGGCUGCGAGACCACCAUAGAGAUCUCCAAGGGACGCACCGGACUGGGCCUCAGCAUCGUGGGGGGAUGUGACACGCUGCUGGGUGCCAUCAUCAUUCACGAAGUCUACGAGGAGGGAGCUGCUUCCAAAGACGGGAGGCUGUGGGCGGGGGAUCAGAUCCUGGAGGUUAACGGUAUAGACCUGCGGGUGGCCACGCAUGAUGAGGCCAUAAACGUGCUGCGCCAGACGCCGCAGAAGGUGCGGCUGAGCGUGUAUCGGGACGAGGCGCAGUACAAGGAGGAGGACACGUGGGACGUGCUUUUCGUGGAGCUGCAGAAGCGGGCCGGCCAGGGCCUGGGGCUCAGCAUCGUUGGGAAAAGGAACGAUACGGGGGUGUUCGUUUCGGACAUAGUGAAAGGAGGCAUAGUCGAGGUGGACGGGAGGUUGAUGCCGGGCGACCAGAUCCUGUCCGUCAACGGCGAAGACGUCCGAUUGGCCACUCAGGAGUCCGUGGCCGCCCUGCUGAAGUGCUGCACCGGGCCCAUUAACCUGGAAAUAGGCAGGUUCAAGGCGGGGCCCUUCCAUAGCGAGAGAAGGCUCUCCCACAGUAGCCAGUUCAGCGAAACGGGCAGCUACGGAGACGCUCCUUACGUCCUGUCCGGGCCUGGAGGUCUGUCAGAGGAUGCGGACGACAGGAGGAAGAGCCAUGAUUUGUCUGACUACCAGGAGAUCAGAACCGUCGAGUUUACAAAGGAACCCGCGGACUCUUUGGGGAUCAGCAUCGCCGGGGGGUUGGGGAGCCCCCUCGGAGACGUUCCCAUCUUCAUCGCCAUGAUGCACCCCACAGGACUGGCUGCGCAGACCCACAAGCUGAAAAUUGGAGACAGGAUCAUCACCAUCUGUGGCACUCCUACAGAGAACAUGAGUCACACCCAGGCCGUCUCCCUGCUGAAGAACGCCUCGGGCACCAUCGAGCUGCAGGUGGUGGCGGGCGGGGACACCAGCGUGACGGGGCCCCCUCAGGAGCAGACGGCCGCCGGUCUCUCUCUCUCCGGACUCACGGCCAGCAGCAUCUUCCACGACGACCUGGGGCCGCCGCAGUACAAGACGAUCACUCUGGACAGGGGCCCCGACGGCCUGGGCUUCAGCAUCGUCGGGGGUUACGGCAGCCCGCACGGAGACCUCCCCAUCUACGUGAAAACCGUGUUCGGCAAGGGCGCUGCCUCUGAAGAUGGCCGUUUGAAGCGUGGAGAUCAGAUCAUUGCCGUGAACGCGCAGAGCUUGGAGGGCGUCACCCACGAAGAGGCAGUGGGGAUACUGAAGAGGACCAAAGGAAGCGUCACUCUCACUGUGCUCUCUUAAACGUGCACUCCCUGCUGGUCUCACUCUCAUAAACGUGCAAUCCCUGCUGGUCUCACUCUCAUAAACGUGCACUCCUUGCUGGUCUCACUCUCAUAAAAGUGCACUCUCUGUUGAUCUCUCUCACUGUGCUCUCUUAAACGUGCACUUCCUGCUGGUCUCACUCAGUGGGCUCUCUUAAAUGUGCACUUCCUGCUGGUCUCACACAGUGUACUCUCAUAGACGUGCACUUCCUGCUGGUCUCACUUUCAUAAACGUGCACUUCCUGCUGGUCUUACUCUCAUAAACGUGCACUCCCUGCUGGUCUCCUGCACACACAAACACAAUUUUAUUUUCCUCGUAGCCAUGAACACUGUGAUCUAUGUAUUUCCAUUCCACUGAUUCCCUGUUACUCUAAUAACGGAACUGCUGGUUUUCCACCCUCCCUUUACCUGGGAGUCAGGUGUGAAGAUCAUCUGGCCAAUCAGUAGCACUAAUUGUUCAGGUAAUUAUCCGGGUGGAAAGAAAACCAGGGCCGGAUUUAGAUUUUGAUUGAGUAUACCGGUGCUGAAGUAUGCACCUACUGUGAGUAGGCCUUAGCCUUCUGGAAGCCGAUCACUGAACACGUAACAGAACACGGUGGAACUACUGAGGCCAUUCCGUCUAACUUCCUCUACUCCGGGAUCAAAUGAUGUUCUGUCUUUUUUUCAUUUUCAGACGCACUGUCUGAAUACUGUUUUAGCGGAGGGUGUCCUGUAUAAAGAGGGCACGGAUACAAGUGUCUCCUGUUGGGGAAACUGCUGUUUCAAUCAUUAUGGGUUUUUUUAAUAUCAGAUUCAAAGGCACACUUAGUCCUAUCCUUCAAACCUUUAAACUUUAUUUCACCUGGAAGGCCUAUCGAGAUGAGGAAUCUCUUCUCGCGGGGGAAGACGUGGAGCGUACAAGAUUGAAAUACCAAUCAACUUAGUAUCUGAGCAGAGUUUGGAAGAAUGAAAGCGGAGCCCAACCCUUUAUUGUCUGAGAUUAGAGUGAAGUGUGCAGCUGUUACCGCGGGGACUGCCUCAGGGGUGACCAGCUGAUCACACAAAAUGAGGACACGAUGAGCGAGUCGCAGAUAAGACACUGCAAUCAAUCACCGAGCUGACAGGCGAGCAGCAUCCGUCAGACUGAUCAGCACAGGCUAGUCCUGUUGCUUUGGAGGCUUGAGCGUGAACAAUGACUGUAAAUCACUCAUAUACACUGCUGUGAAUGCACCCAUUAUGCUUUAAUGGGCUUGCCCUCUUUUAAAUCCUUUUUUAAGCUAGAUAGUGAUACAGAUCCUUUUUAUAUAAUACCAGUAGUGUGGAUGGAAGAGGAACUGCUAGAAGAUGAAGUGCAAGAUGAAGAACUAUUUUUCAUAAACAUAAACUUGUGCAGACGAGGGGAUGAAUUGAGUCAUGGGAGGGUAAUGCUCUCAGGGAUCGUUGGGGGGCGGGGGGAGGUAACAGGCCUUGUUGAAGCUAGAGCUGCUAAUUUAGGUAACAUCUCAUGUGUCCUAUUCUUUUUACAGUAUAAUACAAGUAUUACUGAGUUUGCCUCCAUAAUUCUGACAAAUGUAUAUGAAUCUAUACAUUUUAGUGAAAUAGGGUAUGCGUAAUGUUCUUUAUUGUUUGAACAGUUAUUGCGAGAACCACUCCAUCCUGUGGUAUUUUUCUUUAAAUUCACCGGAAAUGUUAAGCACACACGAUUAGUUACACAAAUGUAUUGACCACCAGUUCUGUUGCAUUAAACAGUGUUAUGUUCUUACACAGAAUAAAUUAAAGUGACCUUCAGAAUUCCUUCCUUCA